AUGGACGACCUAGUGCCUGAUACUCCCGUUCGGAACAAGAAGCCUGCUCCAGGCACCCCCAACGCGGACGAGCAUGAGACAAUCGCCACCCUGCCUGCGCAUGUUCUCUCCCCGUCGCAGCAAUUGACGCAGCCGACCCAACUGAUCGAGUUGCCUUAUUCGCGGCCAAACAAUAGUAUUGUCCAAGUUGCCGCUUCGUCUCCGACUGCCCCUGUUCCAUCGCCGCCGCGACGUGUGCCCCAGGGCGGCCUUUUAUCUUCACUCAUGGCCCCCUCGGGAACUCACUUUCGUCCUCCUUCCUCCACUGUUCGCCCUGCCAAGCGCACCCCCAAUUUCGACAUGGAUGAUGGCCCGACAUACCGAGGCGGAUCAUCUGACGAUGAUGAGAACCGCAUCGACAUCAAACCCUCCAUGUUUGAAAAAUCCGCUCGCAGCCCCGAGAAAGACAAAGUGGUUGAGUCGCCGGUUCGAGGUGAAGGCCCCAUGAGCCGCUUCAAGGAAAUUACCUUAUCUGCCAUGUACGAUCCCAAUACAGCAGGGACAAAACGAUCCGCAGACCAAAUGAGUCCUGCUGAGAACGCCAAGGGCGUUGCGAUGAAGAGAGCCAGACAAGAUGGGCCAUCCCGUGCGCAGCCUGUGACUGCCCAGUAUUUGACAGUGCAGGACAUUGUCGACUUCCGGGUCCGCGUAAAGGUGGAGCGCAUUCUCAAAAUUAUGCCAGACAAAUCGGUUCAGGCGUGCGCUGAUGCACUGAUGCGGUGUAACGGCAACUACGAUCGCGCUUUGGAAUUCCUAGCCCGCGCGGACGGCAAUUUCGUAGUGGAUAUCGAAUCGUCCGAUGAUGAACUGAGUACCGGGCCUACGAUAACGAGCAAUGCGGGUCCUACUGCGAAACAAAAUAUCAAGGCACGGGGAACUAUUCAUGACAAAUGGGCGUCCAUGAACAUCGCAGCAUCGCAGAGACAGCACGAAGAAGUCAAACCUCGAGGCCGGUUGAUGCGUGGUCCACGAAAUCGAGACUCUGUUCCAACAAUCUCCAUCGAAUCGGAUGAUUCUCCGCCGCAGAAGAAGGCUGGCCGCCUCCAGAAAGGUCGCCGUCGUGACCAGUCCCAAUCCGCAUCCCCAGAGGCUGUGCUGUCCGAUUCGGAGGACUCCGACGUGCAAGAUAUUGAUUCUUCCAGUGGCGGCUUACAUGACAAGGUGUUGAGAUUUUUCAAUACUUGCAAUGUCCACGACCUCGCAGACAUCGCUUCAGUUCCCGAAGAAACUGCCAAGCUGAUUACCUCCCACCGCCCCUUCUCUUCUUUGGACGAAGUCCGCUCUGUCAGUGCUCCUGUCGACCCAGACGCCAAACCGAAAGGCAAAGGUAGACCUCGCAAGGCACCCAAGCCCAUCGGAGACAAAAUUGUCGACAAAUGUAUGGAUAUGUGGACCGGAUACAUGGCUAUUGAUGCCCUUGUUGCAGAGUGUGAGGCGCUUGGCCGGCCAGUCGCUGAGGAGAUGAAGAAAUGGGGCGUCGAUCUCUUUGGUAAGCGAGAGGGUGACUUCGAGCUCGUGUCAAUGGGGAGCUCCCAUGAUUCUGGAAUCGCAACACCCUCUUCUAGUCAUCAAACCCCAGAUGAGGACUCGGAUGAUGAGAUUCGCCCUGUCGGCAAAUCCCGCAAGUCUGACAGCAAGACUCAGAGUCGAUUCAUCUCACAGCCUGCAAUUAUGGCUGAUACCCUGGAAAUGAAGAAUUAUCAGAUUGUCGGUAUCAACUGGUUGGCGCUGUUGUUCGAGAAACAAAUGAGUUGUAUUCUUGCCGACGACAUGGGUCUUGGCAAGACGUGUCAAGUCAUCGCUUUCCUCGCUCAUCUAUACGAGAAGGAUAUUAGAGGUCCUCAUCUUGUCGUGGUACCCGCCUCCACAAUCGAGAAUUGGUUGCGCGAGUUCAAGAAGUUUUGUCCGACAUUGACUGUUAUGCCAUAUUAUGCCAAUCAAAACGAGCGUGCGGAAAUUCGAGAACAGAUCGAAGACAACCCUGAUAGCAUCAAUGUUGUCAUCACUACCUACACCAUUGCACGCAACAAGGUUGACAACAAGUUCCUUCGUGAUAUGGACUUCACUGUCUGCGUUUACGAUGAAGGACACGUAUUAAAGAACCAUGAUUCCCAAAUCUACGAUAAACUCAUCAGAAUUCGCGCCCGCUUCCGCCUCUUACUCACCGGAACACCCCUGCAAAAUAACCUCCAGGAGCUGGCUUCCCUUCUCGGUUUCAUCUUACCGAAGGUGUUUAGGGAACACAAGGAAGACCUGCAUGCUGUCUUCUCCAACAAGGCCAAGACAGAUGACGAAUCCCACGCCACCCUUCUUUCCGCUCAGCGUAUUGAACGUGCCAAGUCCAUGCUUAAACCAUUCGUCCUCCGGCGAAAGAAGCACCAGGUCAUCGAUCUGCCGGCUAAACACUCACGUGUUCAGUAUUGCGAACUCAAGCCUUCUCAGCAUGAGAUCUACAAUUUCGAAAAGGAGCAGGUUCGUCAGCUCCUCGAGGAUCGCGCCGCCGGUGUCAAAACUGGCUCCAAGUCCGCCAAUAUCCUUAUGAAACUCCGCCAAGCAGCUAUCCAUCCUCUUCUCGCGCGACGCCACUACACGGACGCAAUUCUCAAGAAGAUGGCUAAGAGCUGUCUGAAAGAAGAGAAAUGGGCCGCCUCAAACCCCGCUAUUAUUGAGGAAGAGCUACAGCCCUAUAAUGAUUUCGAAUGUCACAAGAUGUGUAUUGACAACCCCGCCUCGCUGGGCAAGUUCAAGCUCAAGAAUGAGGAAUGGAUGGACUCUGGCAAGAUAGAUCAACUACGCACCCUAUUAACUGGCUUCAUCGCGAACGGGGACAGAACCCUGAUCUUCUCGCAGUUCACCAUGGUUAUGGAUAUCCUGGAGAACGUGCUGGAGACGCUGCGCAUAGAGUUCGUCCGGUUGGAUGGUCGCACCAAUGUCGAGGACCGCCAGACCAUCCUCGAUACCUUCUACGAACGCGAAGAUAUCCCCGUCUUUCUACUCUCCACCAAGGCCGGCGGCGCAGGCAUCAACCUGGCGUGCGCCAACAAAGUUAUCAUCUUCGACUCCUCCUUCAACCCGCAGGAGGACGUCCAGGCCGAGAACCGCGCCCACCGCGUCGGCCAGAUCCGCGAGGUCGAAGUAAUCCGCUUCGUCACCCGUGGCACCAUCGAGGAGCAGAUCUACGCCCUCGGCCAGACGAAGCUGGCUCUCGACCACGCGGUCGCUGGCGACGAUGACGUUGGCUCAAAGAAGACCGAGGAGGUUGGUAUGAAGACCGUGGAAAGCAUGAUGCUAGCAGACAUGCACGAGAAGGGGGUCGCCGAGCCCAGCGCAGAAUAG